AUGAAUAAUUUGGUAAACUACCAGACUCAUUACUGGAUAGAAAAUGAUUCCCUGACAAUGUACAACGAGGAAAAUGAUAUCGACUCGGAGAAAAAAAUCUACGACAUGGACACUGGGGCGAAUGUGCAGCAACACAAUUUUUUUCUUGCCGAUAAAGACGAUAUGUCUAACGAUGGUGUAGCCUGGUCGGAGAAAUCGGUAAAACAUUGGAGUCGAAGAGACAGUGCAGGGUGGCUGUUAAAUAGUUCGAAACGUCUGGGACAACCUUAUCGCUCCAUUUCGGAUUCCUUAUGUGUUCCUGGACAGGAUUUAAUUUCAAUGACGAAGGAUGACUUCAAACUGUACGAUGAGGUCUACGGCGAGAGGCUCUAUGAUAUUUUGCACUCAGAACACUUAUCCGAAUUUCUAGACAUACCCUGUGAGGAUAAAUUUUCUCGAACGAAUAAUCUAUCUGAUGUUGAGUCGGAUAGCAGUGAUAAAGUACGUCCAAAACGAUCACCGGGAAGACCUCGCGUGUCAAAGUGCAAUAAGACAUCAAAUACUUACGGAAAAUUAUGGCAGUUCAUUGUGCAACUUUUGCAUAAUGAAGAUACGUGUCCGAAACUCAUACGGUGGGAGGAUUAUUCACAGGCUCAAUUUCGUUUCAUGCGCAAUGACGAAGUAGCUAAGAAAUGGGGAGCGAGAAAAGGAAAUACAAAGAUGACGUACGAAAAGCUCAGUAGAGCCAUGAGGUAG